AUGUUCGUAGGCAGAGCUUGGGAUUUGGACGAGACCACAGUGAAGACACUCGUCGGUUCUCAAACCGGCAAAGGCAUUGUGAAGCUCGGUGAGGAUUUCAAGAUGCCAGAGCCCAAGGUAGUGGACCGUGAUGGGUUUGUGAUUAACUGUUUGGAGGCUCCUCUUGAUGUUGACAUCAAGGACGGUGGGAGAGUCGUUGUCUUGAACACCAAGAACCUUCCUCUUGUUGGGGAGGUUGGGUUUGGAGCUGAUCUUGUUCAGAUUGAUGGACAUUCCAUGUGUUCGCCUGGUUUCUCUUGUGACUCGGCUCUUCAGGUGACUUACAUUGUUGGUGGGAGUGGAAGAGUUCAAGUGGUUGGUGCUGAUGGGAAAAGAGUUCUUGAAACUCAUAUCACUGCUGGUUCUCUCUUCAUUGUUCCAAGGUUCUUUGUGGUUUCAAAGAUUGCUGAUCCUGAAGGCAUGUCUUGGUUCUCCAUUGUGACUACUCCUGAUCCGAUUUUCACACACUUGGCUGGGAGGACAUCUGUGUGGAAGGCUUUGUCUCCAGAGGUUUUACAGGCUGCGUUUAAGGUUGAUCCAGAGGUGGAGCAGUUGUUCCGCUCAAAGAGGACUUCGGAUGCAAUUUUCUUCCCUCCUUCCAAGUGAAGAAGCAGAAGAGAGGAGAACAAGAACCAGCUUAUCUUUAAUUGUUGUUUUUAGUGUCUCCUUGUGAUUCAAGGAACUAUUCUUAGUCUAUCAUAUUUGGGGGUUUGAUUCUCUUCCUGUUGUUUUUUUUUCAACCGGUUCUUGUUCUCUUUGUUAAGGUUUUAUUGAAAUAAAAGACAUAUAAAGUCCCUAUUUUACA